CCGCGAUCCCCGACGCGGACCGGGCAGCCGCCCCGUGAGCGAGCGAGGACCCCCGGAUCGCCGCCGCCCGAUGGGCUGGGCCGGGGAGCGGCCCCGCAGUCGCAGCUCCGGCCGCCGAGCGCACAACCCCGGCGGCGGCGUCUUACGCAUCCCUCUCCGCCGCCGCCGCAGCGUAACCCGGAGCCCUUUGCUGUUUGCAGAAUGGCCCGCUUCGGAGACGAGAUGCCGGCCCGUUACGGGGGAGGAGGAGGAGGAGGUGGAGGAGGAGGAGGCUCCGGGGCCGGGGCCGCCGCUGCCGCCGCCGCCGGGAUGGUGGUGGGCGCCGCGGGCGGGCGAGGAGCGGCGGUGGCCGGAGGAGGCGGCCGGCCGGGCGGGCAGCCUGGGGCUCAAAGGAUGUACAAGCAAUCCAUGGCGCAGAGAGCGCGGACCAUGGCCCUCUACAACCCCAUCCCGGUCCGGCAGAACUGCCUCACCGUCAACCGUUCGCUCUUCCUUUUCAGCGAAGACAAUGUGGUGAGAAAAUACGCCAAGAAGAUCACCGAAUGGCCUCCUUUUGAAUAUAUGAUUUUAGCCACUAUCAUAGCAAACUGUAUUGUCCUCGCCCUGGAGCAGCACCUGCCGGAUGAUGACAAGACCCCCAUGUCGGAACGGCUGGAUGACACAGAACCAUACUUCAUUGGGAUUUUUUGUUUCGAGGCUGGGAUUAAAAUCAUUGCCCUGGGAUUUGCCUUCCACAAAGGAUCCUAUCUGAGGAACGGCUGGAACGUGAUGGACUUUGUGGUGGUGCUAACCGGCAUCUUGGCGACAGUUGGGACAGAGUUUGACCUUCGGACGCUGAGAGCAGUGCGGGUGCUGCGGCCACUCAAACUGGUGUCUGGAAUCCCAAGUUUACAAGUCGUCUUGAAGUCGAUCAUGAAAGCAAUGAUUCCUCUCCUACAAAUCGGCCUCCUCCUUUUUUUUGCAAUACUUAUUUUUGCAAUCAUAGGGUUAGAAUUUUAUAUGGGGAAAUUUCAUACCACCUGCUUUGAAGAGGGGACAGAUGACAUUCAGGGUGAGUCUCCGGCUCCCUGUGGGACAGAGGAGCCCGCCCGCACCUGCCCUAACGGGACCAAAUGCCAACCCUACUGGGAAGGACCCAACAACGGGAUCACUCAGUUCGACAACAUCCUGUUUGCCGUGCUGACCGUCUUCCAGUGCAUCACCAUGGAAGGUUGGACAGAUCUCCUCUAUAACAGCAACGAUGCCUCAGGGAACACUUGGAACUGGUUGUACUUCAUCCCCCUCAUCAUCAUUGGCUCCUUUUUUAUGCUGAACCUCGUGCUAGGUGUGCUGUCAGGGGAGUUCGCCAAAGAAAGGGAGCGCGUAGAGAACCGGCGGGCUUUUCUGAAGCUGCGGCGGCAGCAACAGAUUGAACGCGAGCUCAAUGGGUACAUGGAGUGGAUCUCAAAAGCAGAGGAGGUGAUCCUUGCCGAAGAUGACACCGAUGUGGAGCAGAGGCAUCCCUUUGAUGCUCUGCGGAGGGCUACCAUCAAGAAGAGCAAGACGGACCUGCUCAACCCAGAGGAGGCGGAAGACCAGCUGGCCGACAUCGCCUCCGUGGGGUCUCCCUUCGCCCGAGCCAGCAUCAAAAGUGCCAAGCUGGAGAACUCAACUUUUUUUCACAAAAAGGAGAGGAGGAUGCGUUUCUACAUCCGCCGUAUGGUCAAAACUCAGGCCUUCUACUGGACUGUGCUCAGUCUGGUAGCCCUCAACACGCUGUGCGUCGCUAUCGUCCAUUACAACCAGCCAGAGUGGCUCUCCGACUUCCUGUACUAUGCAGAAUUCAUUUUCUUAGGACUCUUUAUGUCCGAAAUGUUUAUAAAAAUGUACGGGCUUGGAACGCGGCCUUACUUUCACUCCUCUUUCAACUGCUUUGACUGCGGGGUCAUCAUUGGCAGCAUCUUCGAAGUCAUCUGGGCCGUGAUCAAGCCCGGCACAUCCUUCGGAAUCAGCGUGUUGCGAGCCCUCAGGUUACUGCGUAUUUUCAAAGUCACAAAGUACUGGGCAUCUCUCCGGAACCUCGUCGUGUCUCUGCUCAACUCCAUGAAAUCCAUCAUCAGCCUGCUGUUCCUGCUGUUCCUGUUCAUCGUCGUCUUUGCGCUUUUGGGGAUGCAGCUCUUCGGUGGGCAGUUCAACUUUGACGAAGGAACUCCCCCCACCAACUUCGACACGUUUCCAGCGGCAAUAAUGACUGUGUUUCAGAUCCUGACAGGAGAGGACUGGAAUGAGGUCAUGUAUGACGGGAUCAAGUCGCAGGGCGGCGUGCAGGGCGGCAUGGUGUUCUCCAUCUACUUCAUCGUCCUCACGCUCUUCGGCAACUACACCCUCCUGAACGUGUUCCUGGCCAUCGCCGUGGACAACCUGGCCAACGCUCAGGAGCUCACCAAGGAUGAGCAAGAAGAGGAGGAGGCAGUGAGCCAGAAGCUGGCGCUGCAGAAGGCCAAGGAGGUGGCAGAAGUGAGCCCCCUGUCUGCUGCCAACAUGUCCAUCGCCAUGAAGGAGCAACCAAAGAACCAGAAGCCAGCCAAGUCGGUGUGGGAGCAGCGGACCAGCGAGAUGCGUAAGCAGAACCUGCUGGCCAGCCGUGAGGCCCUGUACAACGAGAUGGACCCGGACGAGCGCUGGAAGGCAACCUAUGCGCGCCACCUGCGGCCCGACAUAAAGACGCACCUGGACCGCCCGCUGGUCGUGGACCCGCAGGAGAACCGCAACAACAACACCAACAAGAGCCGCGUGGCAGAGCCCACGGUGGAGCAGCGCCUCGGGCAGCAGCGGGCUGAGGACUUCCUCCGCAAGCAGGCCCGCCACCACGAGCGUGCCCGCGACCCCGGAGGCCUGGAGGCGCGCAGGCCCUGGGCCGGCAGCCAGGAGGCCGAGCUGGGCCGCGAGGGCCCCUACGGACGUGAGUCGGACCAUCAAGUCAUCCGGGAGGGUGGCCUGGAAGCCCCGGGCUUCUGGGAAGGCGAAGCGGAGCGGGGCAAGGCCGGGGACCCGCACCGCAGGCACGCACACCGGCAGGGUGGUGGCGGCAAGGACAGCCGCAGUGGCUCGCCCCGCACCGGCGCUGACGGCGAGCCCCGCAGGCACCGGGCCCACCGCAGGCCAGGGGACGACGCACCUGACGACAGGGUCGAUAGGAGAGUCCGGCACCGCGAGGGCAGCCGGCCGGCCCGGGGUGGUGAGGGAGAGGGCGAGGGGCCCGGCGGCGGCGGCGGUGAACGCAGGAGGCGGCACCGACAUGGCCCCCCACCCACCUACGAGGCGGACGCACGGAGGGAGGACAAGGAGCGCAGGCACCGGAGGAGGAAAGACACCCAGGGCUCGGGGCUGCCCGUGUCCGGCCUCACGCUCUCCACCACGCGGCCAAUCCAGCAGGACCCGGGCCGCCACGAGCCGCCACUCACCGAGGACAUGGAUAACCUCAAGAACAGCCAGCUGGCCACCGGCGAGUCGGCCAGUCCCCACGAUAGCCUCGGCCACGCCGGCCUGCCCCCGAGCCCAGGCAAGAUGGGCAGCAGCACGGACCCCGGCCCCACGCCGGCCACAGCCCCCUCCACCAACCCCCAGAACGCUGCCAGCCGCCGCAUCCCCAACAACCCGGGGAACCCGGCCAACCCCGCGCCCCCCGAGAACAGCCUUAUCGUCACCAACCCGAGCACCACCCAAGCCAACUCAGCCAAGACUGCCAGGAAACCCGACCACACCACGGUGGACAUCCCCCCGACCUGUCCGCCGCCCCUCAACCACACCGUGGUACAAGUGAAUAAAAAUGCCAACCCAGACCCACUACCAAAGAAGGAGGAGGAGAAGAAAGAGGAGGCGGACGACGACCCCGGGGAAGAUGGCCCCAAGCCCAUGCCCCCUUACAGCUCCAUGUUUAUCCUGUCUACCACCAACCCCCUUCGCCGCCUGUGCCAUUACAUCCUGAACUUGCGCUACUUCGAGAUGUGUAUCCUCAUGGUCAUUGCCAUGAGCAGCAUCGCCCUGGCCGCCGAGGACCCCGUGCAACCCAACGCGCCGCGGAACAACGUGCUGCGGUAUUUUGAUUAUGUUUUCACCGGUGUCUUCACCUUUGAGAUGGUCAUCAAGAUGAUUGACUUAGGGCUCGUGCUGCACCAAGGUGCCUACUUCCGUGACCUCUGGAACAUUCUUGACUUCAUAGUGGUUAGUGGGGCCCUGGUGGCCUUCGCUUUCACCGGCAAUAGCAAAGGAAAAGACAUCAACACCAUCAAGUCCCUCCGAGUCCUCCGGGUGCUACGACCCCUUAAAACCAUCAAGCGGUUGCCAAAGCUCAAGGCUGUGUUUGACUGUGUGGUGAACUCCCUCAAAAACGUCUUCAACAUCCUCAUCGUGUACAUGCUGUUCAUGUUCAUAUUUGCCGUGGUGGCCGUGCAGCUGUUCAAGGGCAAGUUCUUCCACUGCACCGACGAGUCCAAGGAGUUCGAGAAGGACUGCCGUGGCAAGUAUCUCCUGUAUGAGAAGAACGAGGUCAAAGCCAGGGACCGUGAGUGGAAGAAGUAUGAGUUCCACUACGACAACGUGCUCUGGGCCCUGCUCACCCUGUUCACCGUGUCCACGGGAGAAGGCUGGCCCCAGGUGCUCAAGCACUCGGUGGACGCCACGUUUGAGAACCAGGGCCCGAGCCCCGGCUACCGCAUGGAGAUGUCCAUCUUCUACGUGGUCUACUUCGUGGUCUUCCCCUUCUUCUUCGUCAACAUUUUUGUGGCCCUGAUCAUCAUCACCUUCCAGGAGCAGGGGGACAAGAUGAUGGAAGAAUACAGCUUGGAGAAGAACGAGCGGGCGUGCAUCGACUUUGCCAUCAGCGCCAAGCCACUGACCAGACACAUGCCCCAGAACAAGCAGAGCUUCCAGUACCGCAUGUGGCAGUUCGUGGUGUCCCCGCCGUUUGAAUACACCAUCAUGGCCAUGAUCGCCCUCAAUACCAUCGUGUUGAUGAUGAAGUUCUAUGGGGCCUCGGUCGCCUAUGAAAACGCCCUGCGGGUGUUCAACAUCGUCUUCACGUCUCUCUUCUCCCUGGAGUGUCUACUCAAGGUCUUGGCUUUCGGGAUUCUGAACUACUUCCGCGACGCCUGGAACAUCUUUGAUUUUGUAACGGUGCUCGGCAGCAUCACGGACAUCCUGGUGACAGAAUUUGGGAAUAACUUCAUUAAUCUGAGCUUCCUGCGCCUCUUCCGCGCUGCGCGGCUCAUCAAGCUCCUGCGGCAGGGUUACACCAUCCGUAUCCUCCUUUGGACCUUCGUACAGUCCUUCAAGGCCCUGCCCUAUGUCUGUCUGCUGAUCGCCAUGCUUUUCUUCAUCUACGCCAUCAUCGGGAUGCAGGUGUUUGGUAACAUCGGCAUCGACGUGGAGGACGAAGACAGCGAUGAAGAUGAGUUUCAGAUCACGGAGCACAAUAACUUCCGGACCUUCUUCCAGGCCCUCAUGCUUCUCUUCCGGAGCGCCACUGGAGAAGCCUGGCAUAACAUCAUGCUGUCAUGCCUAAGUGGGAAGCCAUGUGACAAGAACUCGGGCAUCCUCACCCCCGAGUGUGGCAACGAGUUUGCAUAUUUUUAUUUUGUGUCCUUCAUCUUCCUCUGCUCCUUCUUGAUGCUGAACCUGUUUGUGGCUGUCAUCAUGGACAACUUCGAGUACCUCACUAGGGACUCCUCCAUCCUGGGCCCCCACCACCUGGAUGAGUACGUGCGGGUCUGGGCUGAGUAUGACCCCGCAGCUUGGGGCCGCAUGCUUUACCGGGACAUGUAUGAGAUGCUGAGGCACAUGUCCCCACCCCUGGGGCUGGGAAAGAAGUGUCCCGCCAGAGUGGCGUACAAGAGGCUCUUGCGGAUGGACCUGCCCGUAGCAGAUGACAACACCGUCCACUUCAACUCCACGCUCAUGGCCUUGAUCCGCACGGCCCUGGACAUCAAGAUUGCCAAGGGUGGAGCCGACAAACAGCAGAUGGACGCAGAGCUAAGGAAGGAGAUGAUAGCCAUUUGGCCCAACCUGUCACAGAAGACCUUGGACCUGUUGGUCACGCCCCACAAGUCCACAGAUCUGACGGUGGGGAAGAUCUAUGCGGCCAUGAUGAUCAUGGAGUAUUACCGCCAGAGCAAAGCCAAGAAGCUGCAGGCCAUGCGUGAGGAACAGAACCGGACCCCGCUCAUGUUCCAGCGCAUGGAGCCCCCACCAGACGAUGGAGGGUCUGGUCAGAAUGCACUCCCCUCCACACAGCUGGACCCUGCAGGCGGCCUGAUGGCCCACGAAGGUGGCCUCAAGGAUAGCCCGUCCUGGGUGACGCAGCGGGCACAGGAAAUGUUCCAGAGGACGGGCACAUGGAGCCCGGAGCGUGGGCCCCCUGCUGAUGUGCCCGACAGCCAACCCAAGACUCAGUCCGUGGAGAUGCGAGAGAUGGGCCGUGAUGGCUACUCAGACAGUGAGCAUUACCUCCCCAUGGAAGGCCAGGCCCGCGCCGCCUCCAUGCCCCGCCUCCCGGCCGAGAACCAGACCAUCUCAGACACCAGCCCCAUGAAGCGCUCAGCCUCUGUGCUGGGCCCCAAGCCUCGGCGACUGGACGAUUACUCCCUGGAGCGCGUCCCUCCGGAGGACCACCAGCGGUACCACCCGCGGCGGCGCGAGCGGGCCCCCCGCACCUCCGAGCGCUCCCUGGGCCGCUACACGGACGUGGACACAGGCCUGGGGACGGACCUCAGCAUGACCACCCAGUCGGGAGACCUGCCCUCCAAAGAGAGAGACCCGGAGCGGGGCCGGCCCAAGGACCGGAAGCACCGACAGCACCAUCACCACCACCACCAUCACCACCACCCGCCGCCAGCCCCGGACAAGGAGCGCUACGGCGCGCACGAGCGGCCCGAGCACAGCCGCGCCCGCGCCCGGGACCAGCGCUGGUCCCGCUCGCCCAGCGAGGGCCGCGAGCACACGACGCACCGGCAGGGCAGUAGUUCAGUAAGUGGAAGUCCAGUCCCUUCUACAUCCGGUACAAGCACUCCGCAGCGGGGACGCCGCCAACUCCCCCAGACCCCCUGCACCCCCAGGCCGCACGUGUCCUACUCCCCCGUGAUCCGUAAGGUCGGAGGUGCGGGGCCCCCGCAGCAGCAGCAGCAGCAGCAGGUGGUGGCCAGGCCCGGCCGGGCGGCCCCAGGCGGCAGCGGCCCUCGGAGGUACCCGGGCCCCACGGCCGAGCCUCCAGCACCGGCCCUGGAGAGGCGCGUCCCGGCCCCGACGCCGGUCCGGAGCGAGUCCCCUCGGGCCUGUCGCCACCACGGUGGGGCCCGGUGGCCCGCGGCCGGCCCGCACACAGCGCACCGCGGUUACUACCGGGGCUCCGACUACGAGGAGCCUGAUGGCCCGGGCAGCGGCCUCGGCGAUGAGGACGAAGAAGAAGAAGAGGAGGAGGACGAGGACGAGGACGAGGAGGAGGCCUUGGCCUUGGGCGUGGGUGGGCCAUACGACGCGCGCCACGUUGCCUCCGCCGCCCCGGGCCCCGCAGGCCGAUCGUCCAGGACUCCUCGGGCCGCCGCGGGCCCAGCGUGUGCCUCGCCCGCCCGCCACGGCCAUGGCCACGGUCACGGCCACAGUCACGGCCACGGUCAUGGCCGGCGGCUGCCCAACGGCUACUACCCGGUCCGUGGGCCGGGCUCCCGGAAAAGCCUGCACGAAGCGUACAGCGAGAGCGACGAGGAUUGGUGCUAAGACUUCCCGCGCCCCCUGCGCCCCCCGCGCCCCGGGCGAGGCGGCCCACCCUGCACACACAAGCUCGCGCGCGCGCGCGCACACAUGCACACACACCCUGCACCUGGGCUCAGGAGAGAGCGCGCACGCGUGCGUAACCGCCCUCGCCCACGCGGACUCCAAGGGCCAGAGGUGGGGGGCGAGGAGGGGUCCCCGAGCCAACCCCCUCCCCAGCACCCCACACGGGCAGGGCUGGGGGGUGGGGCGUGGGCCGCACGGGAAGAAACCCAAAGCAAACGCACGCAGCCAAGGGAUUGGAAUUCACGCAGGCAUGUGCGGACAUCUCGGGGAUACCAGAAACGCACCUGCCCGCAGCACACGCGCGCGCGUGCGCACACACACACAUGCACGCACGCACACACAUGUGGUGACGUUUUUAAAAAGGAAGAGCACGACGGGGAGUGAACAAUCCUUUCUAUUGAUGAGUUUUAUCAUCUGAACUGAAUCUUUUUCCUGUCCUUGCUGAUGGCAAGCUUGGGGGGUCUGGGGGCGCUGCCCCCGACGCUCCCUCAACACACCCACACACGUGCGCGCGUGCUCACACCCACACACCACACACACACACACAGGAGUG